AUGUUGCGUCUGUGCGAGAACGUUGAAGAAGCACUUGGACUUAGUAAGAGGUGGCAAAUUCCACUUCUAAUCUUUGUCCACAGCAGUCUACCAGAGUCUGCCACACAUACAGAUACCGCUAAUGAGAGUGCGGACCCUGCUCUUUCAGGACUAUUUACUGCCAAAAACCAUGGAAAGAAGACUGUGAAUGCAAAUUUUAAUAUAGGGAGCGAGUCCCUGGCCCACAAUGGGGCUGCACAGCGACAUGCAUUUGAAGUGGUAUUGCAGGAGUCUCGUCUCUCUUCUGUAACGGUGGUGCAUUUCAUGGAUGCAGCAUCAUCAGCACAUGAACUCUUUAUUGCCGCCGUGCCGGAAUCCAGCCAAGUGGUUCCCCGUCUUCAUGUGUUUCCUGCAUCUCAGCAAAUGCUGCCGCGAAACGUAUUACAUGGUGGGACUCUCACGCCUGGAUAUAUAUCUGAAGCCGUUCGGUUUGUGCUUCGUAUGCCACCGUUAACCAAAGUAACAGAAUUGAUGGGAGAGUUUGUGCAGCAUGUGGAGGAGGUGAAUACGGUGGUCCGUCAAACAACAGCAGCGGCAGCGGGUUCCUAUGGUUCUCACAUCCUCCCGAGCACGCGUCCCACAGCAAGAGGAGGAGAUGCAACAGUAAGCAGUGAUACCCCCCAAACAGGGUCCGUUGCGGCUGCGGCGCUCCCCGCUGUGGAUCGCAAAGAUCUUCACUUCAUCGCACUUAAUGGACUUGAAAAGCGAGAGGUGAUUGUGACAUCACCUGGUAUGACACUGCGUACCGUGUGGAUGAAAGUACAACAGGCACUUAUGCGGAGACGAGAGGCAUCCGAUGCGGGAGUGGAAAUGCGUCCACGAUCAGGGAUAUCAUUUGUGCUACGUGUGGAGCCGCCCACAACAGCAGAGAAUACCAACAAUGAGGGGGUGGUGGUAUUAAGUUCCAUCGAAGAAGCAUCAAAGAUGGAUAUUCAUAAACUUCCACACAACACGGUGGUGACAGUGGUGCAGAACGAUUCUCCUGCAGGACAUACUCCUCCACCACCAGCAACGACAACAACAACAACAACGCAGCCAGGGGGUACAAAGAGUGGCAACCCGUCAGUUCAGGUGAACGAAGAAGAGAGCUCAAAGAAAAGUCAAGGUGCUGCGGGUGUACAGUGUGAGGGAGGCGUAUGUAAAGUGCCAUUACCGACCUCAACUAAAACCGUGAAGUCUGAAAGAAAACAGGAAGAGGAGGAAAAACAACAACAACAACAACAACCUGUCUCAUCACCUCCUGCCAGUACCUCCGCUAUGAUGGAGAAUGAGGAAGAAACGAGAAAACCAACAGCAACAACAACAGCGUCGUCAUCGUCCUCUGUGAAUAUACGCUGUUCCCUCCCAGACGGCAAUACACACACAGUGGCUGCACUAGAUCCUACUGUCGCCACACUUGCUACGGAUGUGCGCCCAGAGAUCGCCCCUUUGGUUGGAAAUGCCUCAUUUGUAAUGGCGUGUGCUUAUCCCCCACACCGCUUUACUGCAGAAGAGGAAACAGAAACACUGGAAAAGAUCGGACUUCGCACAUCAUGUGCACUGCGGGUGGUGCUCACAGGCGGCGCCUCCUCAUCCACUGCCUCUGUCCCACGCCAUGUUGACGCCGCAAGUUUUGGAUUAAUGAAUUUAGUAUCUUCUCUUCUUGGUCGCGGAACUGCCCCGCGACCCACAGCACCUGCUCCUGCAAAUAUGAAUGUAAAUGCUAAUCCGACUGGGUCAAACACGGCAGCCACACGUAGUGGUGGUCGGUUUCGCACAAUGGCGGAGCUCCGCGCAGCGGAGGAGGAGGAAGAGAACAGGCGGGAAGCACGCAAUGAACAGCAGCGUCGGAAAGCAAAUCGGUACUACGGCGGUGGAUCUACCGAAUACACAGGCAAAAACGAUGACGAUAACGAGGAGCAUAAUGAGGACAAGGAAGAAGAAGAGAAGGGGAAAAAAGAGGAUGAUAAGUACGCAAAGAAAAACGCAUAG